AUGUUCCAUGCCCAGGAAAGUCGCAUGACCCGUAGUCAGGGAUGGCGUGCAGACGGCUACGACAUGGGCGGCGCAAACGCCCGAGGAGCAGGAUCCCAUUGCGACGAACCCACCCCUAUAAAUAGAAACAAUCUUUGGUAUGUCGGUGCUGCGCAAGGCAGCAUGCCCAUGGGCUUUUACACGCGAUUCCAGGUAUGGGCUUGGACUCUUUUCAACACUGGCUACAUGUCCACGCCCGGCAUCUCGCCCAUUUUAUCGGGGGCAACGUUUCGACGGAAUGGCGAUAUCGACUUAACGAAUCAACCAGCGUUCCUGCAGUGGGGCGAUGAGUCCUCUGAGUUUAGCGGUGCCAACCCAUAUUCCAUCUCUUUUAGGAUACGCAGGGAUACAAACGAUCGUAACGGCUACGCCUACGAAUUUGGCAUCCCAGAUCCUGGGAACCCGAAUUAA